AUGGGUUCGUUGUGUAAGACAACAAACAGUGUUCUUUACCUAUCAACGUGUCUUUUUCUUGCAGAGAUUAGCCUUUCUCUUUCUGCUAAGGUGUAUGUGGUGUAUAUGGGAAGCAGAGGUAGUGAUGACCCAGAUGAGAUUUUGAGGCAAAACCACCAAAUGCUUACUUCUAUUCAUGGAGGAAGUGCCGAGCAAGCCAAGGCAUCUCAUGUGUAUAGUUAUAGCCAUGGUUUCAGAGGCUUUGCAGCCAAGUUAACAGAGGACCAAGCCUCUGAAAUGGCCGAGAUGCCGGGAGUUGUAUCAGUAUUUCCUAAUAGCAGGAGGAGGCUGCACACCACCCAUUCCUGGGAUUUCAUGGGCCUUAUGGGCGAAGAAACCAUGGAAAUCCAAGGCUAUUCCACCAAGAACCAGGAAUUUGGCCUGAAUCCCCAAGUUUUAGUGAUGCUGACAUGCCUCCGGUGCCAACUGGUUGGAAGGGGCACUGCCAAUCAGGGGAAGCAUUCAAUGCUUCAACUUGCAACAGGUUUUAAUCUUUAUAACCGAAAUUUGCCAACCUUUUUCAAAGUUCUUAUGUUUGAUUACUUGGAUUCCCAGCCUCAGCUAAAAUUGUCUUUAUAUAGGAAAGUCAUAGGAGCAAGAUAUUACAUGAGUGGCUAUGAAGCUGAAGAAGAUCAAGUGAAAGUGUCUUUCAAAUCUUCGAGGGAUAGUUCUGGCCAUGGAAGUCACACAGCCUCGACUGCUGCUGGUCGUUACAUGACAAACAUGAAUUAUAAGGGGUUGGCAGCUGGAGGAGCCAGAGGGGGUGCACCAAUGGCCAGAAUUGCAGUCUACAAGACUUGUUGGGACUCUGGAUGCUAUGAUGUGGACUUAUUGGCUGCAUUUGAUGAUGCAAUUAGAGACGGGGUUCAUAUCUUGUCUCUGUCUCUUGGUCCUGAUUCUCCUCAGGGAGAUUAUUUCAAUGAUGCCAUCUCUGUGGGGUCUUUCCAUGCUGCCAGCCAUGGAAUAGUGGUUGUUGCUUCUGUUGGGAAUGAAGCCAUCCAAGGGUCUGCUACAAAUCUUGCUCCUUGGAUGAUUACUGUUGCUGCUAGUUCAACAGACAGGGAUUUCACAUCCGAGGUCAUACUUGGAAAUGGAGCCAACUUCACGGGUGAAAGUCUCAGUCUCCUUCAAAUGACUGCCUCCACAAGAAUAAUAUCUGCUGCUGAAGCUUAUGCAGGAUACUUCACUCCUUAUCAAUCCAGUUACUGUUUAGAGAGUUCCUUAAAUCGAACAAAAGCCAAAGGGAAAGUUCUAGUUUGUCGACAUGCUGGAAGCUCAACAGAAUCAAAGCUGGUGAAAAGCGAGGUAGUUAAAGAAGCUGGUGGAGUUGGAAUGAUCCUUGUUGAUGAAACAGAUAAAGCUGUUGCCAUUCCCUUUGUAAUCCCAGCAGCAAUUGUUGGAAAAAGGAUGGGAAAGAGGAUCUUGUCUUACAUUAACCAUACACGCAAGCCGACGUCAAGGAUUUUCUCCGCAAAAACUAUAUUAGGAUCUGAACCUGCCCCUCGAGUAGCAGCAUUUUCUUCAAAAGGUCCCAAUGCCUUAACUCCAGAAAUUUUGAAGCCUGAUAUCACGGCUCCAGGAUUGAAUAUCCUUGCAGCUUGGUCUCCAGCAAAUGGAAAAAUGCAAUCUAACAUACUUUCUGGAACAUCCAUGGCUUGCCCACAUGUAACAGGAAUUGUAGCCUUAAUAAAAGCUGUGCAUCCCUCGUGGUCUCCUUCCUCAAUCAAAUCUGCAAUCAUGACGACGGCUACAGUAAUGGAUAAGCGUCAGAAACCUAUCACAGUGGACCCUUUUGGAAGAAGAGCAAAUGCAUUUGAUUAUGGAUCCGGCUUUGUUGAUCCAACAAGAGUACUUGAUCCUGGUCUCAUCUAUGAUGCGCAACCAGCAGAUUAUAAAGCAUUUCUUUGUUCCAUUGGUUAUAAUGAGAAAUCACUACAUCUAAUAACAGGAGACAACAGCACAUGUGAUCAAAUGUUUGCAACAGCUUCUGCCCUCAAUUAUCCGUCUAUAACAGUACCCAAUCUGAAGGAUAGAUUUUCUGUAACUCGAACAGUGACAAAUGUUGGGAAGCCAAGAAGUAUUUACAGAGCAGUAGUGUCUGCUCCAGUAGGAAUUAUUGUCACCAUUGUGCCCCGACGAUUAUUCUUCAAUGGCUAUGGGGAGAAGAUUAAUUUCACAGUAAACUUCAAGGUGAAUUCUCCAUCAGAGGGCUACCUGUUUGGAUACUUGUCAUGGAGGAACAGAAAAUCAUGGGUUACUACUCCUCUGGUUGUCAGGGUUUCACAUUCCAAGUUUGGUUUAGUGACAUGAUAUUGAUGGAAUGGAAGGCAUAAAGAUAACACGCAUAGAAAUUGAAACGCCAGUGCAAAUUUAGCAAACUUCCAUAUCAUAGAUGUGAACAAAUCAUCAGUGUCUUUUCGGGUUUUUUUUUUUUUUUUUUU